GGUAUUGUGUGUGGAUUGAUAAAGGAAAAAAACAGUUUAAUACAUCUUAGAAUAAGGCUGUAACCUAACCAUGUGGAAAAGGUCAACGGGUCUGGAUAGGCACAAUAAUGUGCCUUAUACACUGCCGCUGUAAGACCUGUGGAUGAAUCCCUGCGGUUUAAGAAAAUUUUUGAAUCAUCUGAGACUGACGUUGAUCAAUUUCUCACUAGGUCUUCUCUCAUUGUCUCUCUUCAUGCUGCAUGACAGAUGGGAUUAAUGAUGCUUGUGUGGCGGAAACGAUCUCUGCUCUGCGUGGUACUUUUAUCCCCUGCCUCGGUCGUGCUUCUCUCCCCUCCACAUCCCACCUCACCCCACCCGCACCACCCUCUUGCCAUUUUUAUUAUUACCUUUUUUUUUAAUGUCUAAUGAAUAGAAUAAGAGAUGAGAAGGAUCAAAGGCUCCUUUGGCGGUUUCUCCUCCACAACCAGCCUUCAUCACAAGAGAGAUAGAGCGAAGCGAGAAUAUCCGUGACAUGUAUAAUAUUUCAAAGGGAAAAUUGGCCUUUCCGUCCACUAUACUUCAUCCUCAACACUUCAUUGACAAGGGGGCCUAGGAUCUCGCUGUCAUAAAUACUUCACCUAUCUUCUUCGUUUGUUGUUAGCAUUAGCUGCCUGGCACAGGAUGUGAGAAGACACCUUGUCUCCGGUGUUGGAGCUCGUCUUCAGCUUGAAUCAAAGCGUUGACAGGCUAAUGCCGCUGAGCACCUCCACUGCUUAUACACAUGUCUCUUCCUGUGAAGAGUAUCUGUAUCAGUCUGUAUGUAAUCAAAGGAGGAGGCUCUGGGUGAUUUAUGAUGGUCUGAGAUCAGUAAUACAACAGCUUGGCAUCCUGUGGAGGUUGCCUGAGCCUUGCCCCACGUCUCUACAUCGCAACUGUGUAGACAAUGGUUUAUGAAUUCACAAUUCAGAUUGUGAUAUCGAAGUAAAGAUGAUCAGAACAAUGACUUCCUUUUAUGAAGUUGAUAUCCACCCUUCCCUUUCAUUGUUGGCAGAGGGAAAUGCUUUGUAUGGAGUUGAGGUUCAUGGAUAAUGACACAUUCUUUGGUUCUGUCAAGUGGCGUAUCUGAUGAGGUGAUUGAACAGAAUAUUAAAGGCAGUUGCUAAAUAUAUCCUCUGGCUUUGUGCCGUAGGGGCGUCACAAUGGCUGUCGUGUGAUAGGUGACCUGGACUCGGCUCUACUUUCACCAGACAGAACACUACCGAGGUAUAGCGUUACAGGUGGUGAGUUAUUGAACCGGGGCGGCUGGUCACGUUGCUUGUACUGGAGAACGGAACUGUUAUCGCUCUAGAUGCGUUGUCGAAUGUCCCUUUGUAAGUAGAUUCGGUUACUGACAGUAUCACUAGUCAGCCAAUUGACGUUGCUCUUUGAGCGUCUAGGCGCAGAUUAGUCUCAUGUGCUUUACCUUCUCUGGCAGCAGUAUACAAGUUCAGACAUUUCACUUUCAACUUUUCCACACAGGGGUGAAAAGAACAGUACUGUAUCCCUAUUGAUAACAGUUGGAUAUUGGAUUGUGUACAGUUUAAGGUUUUGCUUACAGACUGAUUUUUCGUACCAACAGUCACUGCAGAGGGACAGUGAAAAGGGGACCCAGAAGCUGUGGGUUGUCAUGGACACCUUUUUCCGCCGGCACUUUAGACUGAAAGGGGCUGGGCAAUCCCGACACAGACGGCCUGGCGUGGCAGUGCCCACAAGCAAGGCUCGCCGGCGCUCCAGUGUAGGACUGCCCUCUGCUGGCCUGGUCCAACGUAGACGCUCUAGUGUGGGACUGCCAUUCACAGGUCCUGUCGGACACAGAAGAUCCAGUGUAGGCCUGUCGCCGACGGCUCAAGCCCAGCGAAGACACUCCAGUGUUGGCCUGCCGUCAGGUUAUGUGGGCCGUAGAUUCUCCAGUGUGGGCUUGGCCUGCGCUGCUCACCAACAACGCAGGCACUCCAGCGAGGUGCAGGGGGUGCACUGUUGUUAUGGAGGCGGGAAGCUAGUGAGGACCAGAUACUACACCAGGCGUCGUUCUAGCACCACCGUGGCCUGUGUCAACCCCCGCUUCUCUGUCCGCCGCCGGCAAGCCGGCAAGCUCCGAACCAUCGACACCCACCUGCUGGGGCCCUCCAUGCUGCUGGCCAGCCUGGUCCAGAUGAGUGAGGAGCAGCAGAAGGGGGCACCAGAGACGCAGGGCGGUGAGGGGGCGUCAGGAGAGGACACUGAGAGCUGCCCCUCCUCGUGCUGCUCCGAGUCAGAGGGGGACAGCUGCAGUCAGAGAGAGUGUAGCACCAGGUCAGAGGGCAGUGGGAGUGAACGAGAGGGGACUGCGGCAUCAUCAUCAUCAUAUCCAGAGGGAGAGAGGACGUGGGAGGACUGGAAUCAGGCUCAUAGUAUGGCAGCCUUAACGAUGGAGAACAUCCAGCCCCGGCCCCUGAGCCGCGCCCUGCGCUGCCUGCGCCGUAACUCCUCCCAGCUGCUGCCGGCAGAGGCGGUGCACCGUAGCAGGGCGGUCUACGGUGUGCACGGGCGUUAUCGACACUCCAGCCAGUUACGGAGGCCUUCCACCAUCUCCAACAGCGCCUGGCCAGGCAGGCUAGUCCACCCGCCCAGCCGCAGGAGCUCUAUAGUGGCCUGCCACUCCUCCCGUUCCCUAUAUAGGAACUGUUCCGCCUGCUGGAAACCCAGAGGCCGCAGGGAGUCCCUCAGCCCCCUGCAGGGCAUCUACUAUGACCCCCGCCUGGAGACUUGGAGUGGGUUCGUCUCGAAGGCCAUCGCUAAAUCGGGUCUACAGCACCUGUCUGCCCAGCCCAGUGCCUCAGCCCUGGCCAAGUUUGACCCAGACAGGGAGAUCCGGAGCAGCUGUGACUGGACCGAGAACGCCCUGUAUGGGGAGCACAUCUGGUUUGAGACCAAUGUCUCUGGGGACUUCUGUUACGUCGGAGAGCAGCACUGCUUCGCCAAGACACUGCAAAAAUCUGUAGCCCGGAAAAAGUGUGCAGCCUGCAAGAUAGUGGUUCACACAAUCUGCAUAGAGCAGCUAGAAAAGUUAUUCGACACCAAGGCUAUUCCAAAUGAAGCCAGCCUGCUUAUCGAAGACCCCAACUUUAGAAUAAACUUUAGGUGUAAACCGUCAUUCAGGGAAUCGGGGUCUAGGAAUAUACGAGAGCCAGUCCUCCAAAGACAAGGCGCUCUAAAGUGCCACAGGCGGAUGGCUAACUGCAUGGCCAGCCCUUUCCUGAGCCAGUCCCAGCCCACCGUAGUGCGGCACCAUUGGGUGCACCGGAGGCGCCAGGAUGGGAAGUGUCGGCAGUGCGGGAAGGGUUUCCAGCAGAAGUUUGCCUUUCAUAGCAAAGAGAUUGUGGCCAUCAGCUGUUCGUGGUGUAAACAGGCAGUAAGUUGGAAGUAUCACAACAAGGUGUCCUGCUUCAUGCUGCAGCAGAUCGAGGAGCCCUGCUCCCUGGGUGCCCAUGCCUCUGUGAUCGUACCCUCUACCUGGAUCCUCCGGGUCCGAAGACCUCAGACCUCACUAAAGUCGAGUAAAAAGAAAAAACGGACCUCGUUUAAGCGCAAGUCCAGCAAAAAGGGAGUAGAGGAGGCGCGCUGGAAGCCCUUCAUAGUUAGACCCAUUCCCUCUCAGCUCAUGAAGCCGCUGUUGGUGUUUGUCAACCCGAAGAGUGGGGGAAAUCAGGGAGCCAAGAUUAUCCAGUCGUUCAUGUGGUACCUGAACCCCCGCCAAGUAUUCGACCUGAGUCUGGGAGGACCCAAGGAUGGGUUAGAAAUGUACCGUAAGGUGCAUAACCUGAGGAUACUGGCAUGCGGAGGUGAUGGCACGGUGGGCUGGAUCCUGUCUGCUCUGGACCAGCUCCAGUUGAACCCCCAGCCUGCAGUAGCCAUCCUGCCUCUGGGGACAGGCAACGACCUGGCCAGGACCCUCAACUGGGGUGGUGGUUACACAGAUGAGCCGGUGUCUAAGAUCCUGUCUCAUGUAGAGGAUGGGAACAUCGUCCAGCUCGACCGGUGGAAUCUGGUAGUGGAGCCCAACCAGGAUGCUGGUGCAGAGGAGAGGGAUGAGCAGCAGACCGACAAGCUCCCCCUCGACGUCUUCAACAACUACUUCAGCCUCGGCUUCGACGCACACGUGACACUAGAAUUCCACGAGUCUCGAGAGGCCAACCCUGAGAAAUUCAACAGCCGCUUUCGGAACAAGAUGUUCUAUGCAGGGACGGCCUUCUCAGACUUCCUCAUGGGCAGCUCCAAAGACCUAGCCAAACACAUCAAGGUCGUGUGCGACGGCACCGACCUCACCUCAAAGGUUCAGGAUCUGAAGCUGCAGUGUUUGGUGUUCCUCAACAUUCCCAGAUACUGUGCUGGUACCAUGCCAUGGGGAAACCCAAGCGAGCACCAUGACUUUGAGCCACAACGGCACGACGACGGCUGCAUUGAAGUUAUCGGCUUCACCAUGACCUCUCUGGCAGCACUGCAGGUUGGAGGUCAUGGUGAGCGGCUGAACCAGUGCAGAGAGGUGACCCUCACCACCUACAAGUCCAUCCCCAUGCAGGUAGAUGGGGAGCCGUGCAAGCUAGCCCCUUCCACCAUCCGGAUCUCCCUGAGGAACCAAGCCAACAUGGUGCAGAAGGCCAAGAGGAAGACCUCUAUACCGCAGCUCAACGACCAGCAGCCCUUCCCGGAGAGGUUAAGGAUCCGGGUGAACCGUAUUAGCAUGCACGACUAUGAGGCCCUGCAUUACGACAAGGAGAAACUUAAAGAAGCCUCUAUCCCGCUGGGCCUCAUCGUUGUCCCGGGAGACAGUGACCUGGAAACAUGUCGCUCCCACAUUGAGAGGCUCCAAGAGGACUUCGUCUCCAUUCAUCCCUCCUUCAAACGACUGGUGCUCCAGGAGGAUGAGGGAGCUAAGUCAAAGACCCUUUCCUCGCAGAAGCUUUCGCCAAAGUGGUGCUUCUUGGACUCCACAACUGCAGAUCGAUUUUACAGAAUUGAUCGUGCUCAGGAACACCUAAACUAUGUGACCGAGAUAUCCCAAGACGAGCUCUUCAUCCUGGACCCUGAGCUGGUCGUCACGGAGACGGUGAGCACCUCACCAGGGAUGCCUGAUCUGGUGGAUUCUUCUGGUGAAUUCCCGGAGGCGUCUCCCAAGUUUGGAUUCCCGUCCUCCUCCUCUUCUCCUCCCCCCUCACCGGGACCCAGGAUCAUGGAGCUUCAGAAGACCACUCAGAGGAAGCGAAUAUCCAGCGACAGCUCAGUGAUGGAGUCACUGGCACACAACGACUCUCUCAGGUCCAGUAAGCCUGCCCUCACCAGGGCCGGAUGUAUCCAUCGGACUAACACUACUGCAGCUGAGAUCAACCCAACAUUGAGGCACCCGAAGUCGGAGAAGAAUUCACUGUGCAAUACAGACAAAGUAUCACCAGAAGUGUUGAUUGAAUGUGUGAAGAGCAAGGACCAUCUGAAGCUGAAGGAGCUGCACAAACUGGGAGCCGACCUGUCACUGCAGGACCCCUCAGGAUGCACCCUGCUCCACUAUGCUGUGGACACUGGUAGCAAGGACACUGUCAAAUACAUCCUGGACAAUGCACCCACAGAUAUCCUGGAUGUAACAGAAAAAGAAAAUGGGGAGACAGUGUUGCACAAAGCAGCGUCACUGUGUCAGAGGACUAUCUGUCACUACCUGGUAGAGGCAGGGGCAUCCCUCAUGAAGACCGACUUACAGGGUGACACACCAAAGCAUCGUGCAGAGAAGGCCAAGGAUGCAGAGCUGGCAGCCUACCUGGAGAACCGGCAGCACUACCAGAUGAUCCAGAGAGAGGACCAGGAGACAGCCGUGUGACUCUGCUCCCUGACCUCCAGCACCACUUCCCUAUCACCUAACCCCGUGCCAAACCUACUUUAGCUAAAAAAGGAAACUCACCAGAGAAGACGGUCAAAAGGGAGCCAGUGUUGUAUUCUCCUGCUAGGGAGUUGGUUGGAGUUCUACCAGAUGAGAGAUUCGUCAGGUCCACCAUGUGAGAUGCUUGUGACCAGUGGACUUGAUUAUUGCACUGCCCCCCCAAAAGCGUAUGUUUUGUGUCGGAACACUUGGAAGAGAUGGUUCUUCUGUUUCAUUUUUCCCCCAGGUUGUGUUGCACUUGCAAUCCACCUAGACUGAAUGUUGAAAUGGUUAUGUAGAGAAUUGUGCUCCCAGGUUUUAGGACAGGAGCUUGGGUAAUUGACUGCCUUGGUAAUUGUAUUAUUAUACUCUCCGAUGGAGCUGUAUCUCUCUGUGUCUAUAAAAGCAGCGUGAGCGUUUCAACCGUACGGAUCACAAUGACUCAGUGGAUUUCAAAAGGGUAUUAACACUCUGAUCCGUAGGCCAGCUGUCUUUAAGGCUACCAAAAAAAAAUGUCAUUAUUUUGAUGACGGUUUUAUUUGUUUAUAGUACUGCUGUUGAUUUUUUAUGUUUGAUUGAUUGAUUGAUUUGUCCACCCAUAAUGCAGUGUAAUGGGAUAAAACGAUCCACGAAAGUGGGGAAUUUUUUACGUAACACUUCUCAUCACCAAACGAUUUGAAUUGAAUAGAUCAAUAUUGUUCUACCUUAUGGUCACUUGGCAAAUGUUUAUUUUAUUUCUUAGUGUUAAUAAGGAUAUUUGGUACUGUACACUUGUCGUAGUAGCUCUGUGUUAAUGCAGUGUAUGCACCUCAGCUCCAAUUGCCUUGAUUUUCUUAUUUUGUUGGCUGAUUCGUUUGUAUUUAAUGUACUUAUGUCAUGGUGUAUUUUUAUAGCAUUUUUAAGCAGAUUGAUGUUUAUAUAAUUUGUACAUAUUAUAAAUGUAACAUUUUUGUGUUUGGUCAUUACUUACUAUAAAAUGUGCAUUUUCUAUGUAUUUGUUUCAGAACUACAAAGCAUUUCUUCUCUCAUGUUGUUACAGAAGUCAAAGGCGUAUUUAUUCACCUCAACAUUUUUUUUACCGAUUAUGUUCAGCGAACUCAAAAAAAGUUCCGACGGUUUGGGUUGUAAAAUUUACAAGGUGUUUGUUGUUGUUUUUUACAUUAAAAAAAAAUAAUAAUAAUUUGUCUUCAUAAUAACCAUCAAUUUGAGGUUGCUAUUUAUUUUCCAUAGUUAUAAUCUCUGUUAAAAUAUGGCUGGUCAUUUAAAACUGAACUAUAAUCAAACUUAAGUUAUAAAGACCUGUGAUGGUGUUCAUUUUACAUUUGCGUAGAGAGCUAGGGGAAGGAAUUGGUCUCAUUCCAAAAGCCAUCCUUCUGUAUAACUAGCUAACUAGUUUAAUGUAGAGCCACAGUAACUGUGGAUCUACUGUAUUCUGUCAGAUUGAAAUGAGUUGUUUCUCUGGAUGUUUUCUUAAAAUGAUUUAAUCGCUAAACAUACUUAUAAAACAUACUUGUAAACACAUUAACAAGGUACACCAUUUCAUAUGCACAUUUUUGCUGGAUUCUGUUUGUUGUCAAAAGUUUCUAGUUUUGACCUUUGAAACAAUCCAUCAUGCAAACUAAGAUGCAUUUCGUUGUAAAUCAUUGCUGUUCUCUAUUAUGGCCAGAUACAUUUCUUAAUGUAUGACUGAAUCAGUUUCUGUGAUAGGAAAUAUGUUGUCAGUAAAAGUCCUCUCGUGUUUCUAAUUCCAGACUGACGAUAACAACAUAUUUUUUUAUUUGAUGAUGAAAAGUAAAUUAACUGUGUAGUUCUACAUCAGUUAUUACGCCUCGUACAUAAUCAUAUGUUCUCACAGAAUUUUUUUUUUUUGGGGGGGGUACACAUUUUUUUUUAAUUGAAUUUUUAACAAUAGAAAACAUCCACAUACAAACGACAACACACAGACGCACACAAACAUCCACAACAUCACCCCUGCCUAGACCCACCUGCUCACACCCCCCCAUCUCCAGCGACCGCAUCACUCUCCGCCACACAGCCUCAAAGUGCACCAUUUCGUUUCAUGGUCACACUGGUUGUCAGCAUUUUCAUUUUCAAUAAUGAAGACAGUAGGCCCCCCAUUUAGAUGACUUCACUAUAAUUGAAAUAUCAUGUUAGCCUUGAGGCUGAGAAGAUUGGAUAUCAUCAUUUGAGGCAUUUAUGGUUAUACUGCAUACUGAAAGAGGUGCAUGUUUGAUCAGGUUAUGUAAAAUAUAUCCUCUUGUUCAGAGACUGACAUGGAUUUAUAUAAUUUGGAUGUAUAUUAACAUCAGGUUUUUAUUGAAGCCUUAUCUACCUGCACUAUUUUGUAUGUUUCAUGUUUUUGAGGAUCUGGACCAAGUUAAACAACUGUAGUUCACUGUGAUCUUGGAAAGUACACCGUGGAAUCAUUAUAAUAGUGUUUUUCCCAACUUACAGUAUAUAUUUGUCCAUUUCCAAUGGAAAUAUAGAUUGAAACAGCAUUAGGAUAUUCACAUUUAUCAGAGGUUUUCUAAAUCCGUCUCCAGUCUCAUACCAUUGGGGAUUCUGAUUAUGUAGUACGCACAGUGCAUGUUGUUGUUGAUUGACAGACUUUUAUGGAGGCCUUGCAUGAUCUUUCCUCGAAGAGAUGAUUUGUGCCACCAAACACAAAAAAAUACAUUAUUGUAAAUGUC